AUGGCGGAAUUGGCCGGGCCGCGGGUAUACAGCUGCUGCCAUUGCCAGAACAACGUAUGCCUCCACGACGAUAUCAUCUCCAAGGCCUUCCAGGGGAGGAAUGGCCGCGCAUUUCUCUCCUCUCACGCCAUGAACAUCACCACGGGGGCCAAGGAGGACAGGCAGUUCAUGACGGGGCUUCACACGGUCGCCGACAUCCACUGCCGUGACUGCCGCGAGGUGCUUGGAUGGAAGUACGAGAGAGCCUACGAGGAAUCCCAAAAGUACAAGGAAGGCAAGUUCAUAUUUGAAAAGGACAAGAUCGUGCAGAAGAAUAGGUAA